AUGGCAGAGGAGGGUUUGGUGCAGAUUUUGGCGCUUCUAGUCUUGGACACGGACGGUGGGCGUUUAGCAGUGAAAUACAACUCGCUGGCUCGCAAGGAGCUGUGGCCAAGUGUCAAGCAACAAGUGGCUUUUGAGAAAAGAGUCAUCAACAAACUGCCAAAACCAUCUGCAACUCGGAGCGAUGUCGAUGUGGCCGUCAUAGAUGACUAUACGGUCAUUUUUCAGGCUUGCAAUGACGUAGUUGUCGCUGCUGUUGCCGCUGGCAGUGAGAAUGAACUCGUCGUGCUUGAGCUGGCUGAAGGCAUGUUCAAUGCACUGUCCAGCGCAUGCCAAAGUCAGAGCUUCUUGUCCUCCGGCAUCAGCAAGCAACUCGUGCUUGACAACUUGUCGGAUGUGCUCUUUAUUUUAGACGAGGUGACAGACAAUGGCGUCAUUAUGGAGACUGACGAUGAAAAGAUAUCUGCUCGGAUUAAGAUGAUCGACGAAACAGAGGUCACCCAAAGCGCGCAGGCAGAGCAGAUGUUCCAGAAAGCAACCCAAAGCGCAAAACAAAAGCUGCUGGGUUCUUUGAUGGGAAGCCGGGGUUGA